CCAACCUGCCUCCAGCCCUCCUCCUUCACCUGCUCAGUGCCCCUCUCCUGUCCCCAGCCCACCCNUCCACCAUCCCCGUCCUCGUCCCAGAAGCUUAAAAGGCUCCCCCCAUGUAAUCAACAGCUUGACUGUACUAAUGAGCAGCUACCAGCCCCCCAGGAGUUUCCAGGAGUCCUCACAGGAGGAAGAAUGGAGAAACCGCCUGGUUCCUCCUGCACGUUUACACCUGAACCUCCAGCUGCAGGUUCCUGCACUUCACCCUCAGUCAUCGAGGAGGAGAAAGAGGCAGAGGAACUGAAACCCUCCCUGGUUGAGGAGACUCACGUUAAACUUCAUGAGAGGCAGGAGGAACGUGUGGUUCUGGGGGGGUCCAGACAAACAGAGCUGCUACAUUCAGCCAGGGCGCUCCGUCCCUCCGCUUCUUCCUGUUCUGUUGACACCACUGUGGACAGAAACUUGGGAGACUUUUCCUCUGGGAUACAGCUCCUCCUGCAGGAGGAGGGCGUUGACUACAACUCCCAUCAGCCCUCAGCUUUACACUCAGAAACCUCCACAUCUUUCAGGAUGCUCCCGUAUGCACCCAUACCCAGGCUUUCUCAUUAUGUGACCUUCUACAACCCCAGCCCCCCGGUCCAGGACUACGUGGUUUCUCUGCAGAGCAGCUUCAGCGGCAUGAUGGCGACAUUUGAGGGCAUCCAUGCAAGCCAGAAGGCGGAUGCAGGCCACACUGACGCCUCGCUGGCAAGCACUGUCCAGGAUUUUGUGGCAAGCGUCCGCGCCGCCAAUGCCCCGACAGGAAGAGACGACGCCUCCUCUGUCUGCAGUGACCAUGCCGAGCUCCUCGCUGGAGGCGAACUGUGGCAGUCUGAGUCAGCAGACUGGAGCCCGCAUCCUGGAGUCGCAAUGCUGGAUCUUUCCUCUGGAUCCGGAUUAGUCUAUGAGUCUGCCAAUGUCAUGGAGACCGGCAUAAAGAGGACUGAAAACACCAGGCCGAACGCCAGCAUCACUCAUGAAGUAGAGAAAGAUGUCCCUACUGGACCUUGGCCCACUCCUUCAGAACAUCCCUGUAAGCCAUGUUCCAGCGCCGCUCCAGCACCAGAACCUGAACUCUCCCCAGAGACCGCUCCGUCCUCCAAAGACCUGAACUCUGUGAUCCACCAGCUGCAGCCGGACGUGUUAAACAACCUGCUGGAGAUCAUCAAGGACAUUAAGAAGAACUCCCCCCAGUUCUACAUCCACUGUCCCGAGCCGAGAGACCGGGUCUGUGAGGAGGUGAAGGAAUUACUGCUGAGACUCGGCAACGUCCAACAAAGUCCGGUUGACUUCCUGAGUCAGGAAAGCACGGAAACUGGACUGCUGGUGGUCGUAAGAAACAAAGAUGUCGCCGCACACGUGCACGAGGUUUGUCCUUCUGUCUUUGCUGACACCGCCGUCUGAACGACACUCAAACUCAUGGAGGAGAAUAAUAAUAAUAAUAAUAAUACAUUUUAUUUAUAUGGCGCCUUUCUUGGCACUCAAGGUCGCCUCACAGUACAUAAAAGCAUAAAACACAACAAUACCAUACAAAUAAAACAGCUAAAUAACAAACAGUGAGUCAACAGUUAAAACUACAGGAAGGUGUCAGGUAUUGAAUGCACUGCAAAAGAGGUUUGUUUUCAGGUGUU